CUCGGGCUGAUAAUAUUGUGCUUAUAUGAUCCUUGGACAAGAUUUGUCCCUCUGAGAGUUUCCUGCCUAUAAAUAGCAAUGAGGAGUGACAGCCACUGACAGCUGCAACCAACCAGUGGCGGUGCCGUAGAAUGAUUUGGGAGGUGAACGCUAACAGUCCUGCUGUGUUGAAGGGAAUGAACAGACCGUCAUUUCAUCUUUCUGCAAAACAAGGAUAAAGGAGCAGAAGAAAAUGGCUGCUCUGGCUAUAGACCCAACAGAGCAGCCUCGGAUGUACCAGCAAACCCUUCUUCAAGAUGGACUGUGUGACCUCUUGGAGAAUGACAAGUUUGUGGACUGUGUCCUCAAAGUCAAGGACAGGAAGUUUCCCUGCCACCGCUUGGUUUUAGCAGCCAGUAGCCCCUUCUUCAAGGCCAUGUUCCUGUCUGACCUGGAGGAGAGCAAGACGCGUGACAUUGUCCUCAAAGAUGUAGAGCCUGGCACGAUGGGGAUGAUCUUACGCUACCUUUACACCUCUGACAUCAAUUUGACAGAACAAAAUGUCCAAGAUAUCUUCAUGGUCGCUAACAUGUACCAAAUCCCGUCCAUUUUCUCUGUUUGUGUAUCCUACCUUCAAGAGAAGCUGGUGCUAGGCAACUGCUUAGCUAUCUUCAGGCUGGGACUGCUGCUGGACUGUCCUAGGCUUGCCUUGACUGCUCAGGAGUUCAUCUGUGAACGCUACCAGGUUGUAAUCAGAGACCGGGACUUCCUCCAGCUUGCUGAGACUGAGCUAGGCCUCAUCAUCAACUCAGAUGCACUCAAUGUGGACCGGGAAGAACUUGUGUUUGAAUCACUUAUGGACUGGGUUGGACAUGAUGAGAAAAAAAGGGUACAGGAACUGCCAGAAUUGCUGCGAUGUAUCCGAUUUAGGCUAAUACCAGUGAGCUACUUUAAAGAAAAAGUCGAACGCCAUAAAUAUAUCCAGUCCAACCAGGAGAUUAAAACAGAGCUGGAUCUGGUCAGGGACGCUUACCGGGGUCGUCUCCCGAAGCCGAAGUCAGAAAGAAAAGAGGGAGAAGGAAGUAGGGCGUAUGAGGAGGGCUAUCUACCGGCAAUACUCAACGACAAUCCUCGUUUUGGGAUGUUUGAGACGGACUUGCUACUUUUGAUCAGUGAUACAGGAACUGUGGCCUAUGAACCAGUUGGAAAUGAAUGCUUUGUGGUGUCUGACUCUAGAGAAAUUCCAAAGAACCACUGUAGUCUGGUAACCAAAGAGAAUCAGGUGUUUGUUGUCGGUGGGCUUCUCUACAAUGAGGAAAACCAAGAUGAACCCUUCAGUUCUUACUUCUUACAGUUUGACCCAGUAAGUUCAGAAUGGUUAGGAAUGCCCUCACAACCGAAUCCUCGCUGCUUGUUUGGGAUGGCAGAAGUGGAGAACUCGAUCUAUGUUGUCGGAGGCAAAGAACUAAAGGAAGGGGAACACGUUCUGGACUCUGUCAUGAUCUAUGACAGACAGUCAUUCAAAUGGGGAGAGUCGGACCCACUCCCAUAUGUUGUAUACGGCCAUGGCACAGUAUCACACAAAGGGCUUGUCUAUGUUAUUGGAGGGAAAUCAGAAAGCAAGAAGUGCAUGAAGAGAGUCUGUGUGUACAACCCCGCUAAGUUUGAGUGGAAGGACUUAGCCCCUCUGAAGACGGCCCGCUCCCUUUUUGGUGUUGAAGUCCACAAGGACCAGAUCUUUGUCGUGACAGGAGUUACUGAUGCGGGUCUCACCAGCUCUGUUGAGGUCUAUGACAUAGCCAGCAACAAAUGGUCUGAGUUUACGGAGUUCCCUCAGGAGCGCAGUUCCCUAAGUCUGAUGUCCAUGGGGGGUUUCUUGUAUGCUGUGGGGGGCUUUGCAAUGAUGCCCAGUGAAACUAGUGAAGAGCCCAUCCCAACAGAAAUGACCGAUAUCUGGAGGUAUGACGAGAAGGAGAAGUGCUGGAGUGGUAUUCUACGUGAGAUUAUUUAUGCAGAGGGAGCCACCAUUGUUCCAGUCCGUCUCAAUACUCUCCGCCUCAACAAAUUAUAAUACUUCUGUAACAAUGCAGUUUGUAGUGUCAGUGUACAUAUUAUGAGAAACAACAAAACACUAACCCUGAAGAUGAGUCUGAGAAUGAAAAUGUCCGAUAUAUUUAUUAAAAGUUUGUUAAGUUGUUCUUAUGUUCAAUAUUCAUAACUGAAAUAAACUGAGUGUUUGCGUCCAAUUAGUGAUGAGCUUGAAACAUAAAUUCAAAGUGCAAAUGGUUUUAUUCUUUUUCCACAAAUAUUGUCUUAUAACUUUGUCACAACUGAUUCCAUAUACUGUACAGAACACAUUAUAUACACAAAAUUUACAGAAACCACACAAUAGGAACACUCACUGUUGACAUAAUGCAAACACCAGGAAUUAACAAUACAGUAUUUAAUCUUAAAUGUAAACAUGUAUUUCCUGA